UUCCAAUUCAAUUUCGCCUUCAAAGUUACCAACUUUAUCUCCCGCUGCAGUGUAAUUCUUUCCCCCUGAAAAAAAGUUGAUGUAGUAAUUAAUUGGUUAAUUUUUGACAUCAAAUUAUAAUUUAUGAUUAUCAAAGAAAUAUGUAGCAGCAUAUUUUCAAUUAUUUCAAAGAGAAUAAAUAAAUUCACAUGUCACAGAAACAACAAAUAAUACCUACAGAUAAGCGUUCACAAGGUUUCAAAGCCCGUGGUUUAGGCAACAAUAAUAAUAAUAGAAGUAGUCAAAGUCAAGGGAGAGGAAAUAAAAGUGAAACACCAAAAGUGAAUACACAUACUGGUAACUCUAUCAGAACUCAAGAACAAAAGCGAAAGACUGUUUUCAAAGCUGUCCUUGAUUCCCCAUUUAAUAUAGGUUGGCCUGAAGUUUCAAUUAAAGAUCAAAAUGAGAUCUUAGACGCUCUUUGCGAAACUUUAUCAAUAAUUAAAAAACCUUCAAAGAAGAGAAACAAAAAAAUAAAAACUCUUGAUAAAGCUAUCAAGGUAGAAAGUAAUGACGAUGAAUUCAGUAAAGAUGAUAUAUCUUCUAAUAAAUUGGAAAAUAUCUCAUCAAUACGUUCUUCUAAUAUAUGUUUUGGUAUUAAUGAAGUGACAAAACAUUUGGAACGAAUGACAAAUCCUCAUUCUCAUUCUUUAACAUCUGCUAAUCCUAAUUAUCAAUUAUCUAAUUCUUUAAUGAAUUACCAUUUAUUAGAGAUGGUUUUUGUAUGUAAAGCAGAUCUUCUACCACAACUUUAUUCUCAUUUUCCAACAAUAUGUAAUAUAGCUGGUGAUGUAUUACUUGUUCCAUUGCCUUCCGGAGCUUCAAAAAGAAUUUCUGAUUUGGUGAACUUCAAAAGAGUAUCGUGUAUCGGUGUAAAGAUAAAUGCGCAAGAAUUCACAAAAAUUUAUAAAAUGGUUAAGGAGAAAGUUAAACCUGUGAAUGUACCUUGGUUGAAUCCACUUAAACCUCCAGAAAAUUUAUUAAAUGAACGAAAAGUUCUCAAAGAGGAACAAGUGAAAAAAGAAAAGGUGGAAGAAAAUUUUACUCAUUCAUUAUCAUCCAAUAAACGAAAACAAGUGGAAAUGACAUAUGAUGAUGAACCAAAAAUAAAGGUUGAAGUUGCUUCCUCUUCACACACAGAAUCAUCGCCAUCAAUUUUCUUUUUUGGGCAACAACCACAAGUAAAGAUAGAACCUACUUCAACUCAAUUAAAACCGACCAGUUUUGAUUAUUUUCCUACACGGAUUAAACAACUUAUAACAACCGCACCAAUAAAUAAAGAUCAAGAUGAAUCUAUAGGAAUCUUAAAAAUUUUUCAAUGAUCUUUUUUAAUCUAAUUGUUUCUUGAAAUUUCGAUCUUUCAAAUUAAAAAUUGAUACCGCAAUAGCAAGAGCUUUGAAACUAAAAUCUCUU